AAAUACAAAAAACACGUGAUGGAGCAUAUGUGAGAAACAAGGAGUGUUUGUUUUCUACGCCGUGAGAGCCCCGACAGUGUAUCUCUCUCACACACACACACACACACACACUCUCUCUCACUCACUCUGCCUUCUCUCUGUCAUCCAGCCGGGCUGCGAGAGAAACAGCUAGGAGGCGAGAGAAGGAAAACGGAGCGACGGAGAUGGCGAGCGUCAACAUGCCGCCGCUGCUGCUGCUGGAGCUCGCGCUGGUCCUCCUGGUCGUCCUCGCGCCCGACGUCCGAGGUCUACACGGCAUCGAGGACCAGAGCCAGGACACCGAGUGCAAGAUGAAGAGCGUCACCGUGUCGGCGCUGCCGUUUCUGCGGGAAAACGACCUGAGCAUCAUGCACAGUCCGUCGGCCUCCGAGCCCAAGCUGCUGUUCUCCGUGAGGAACGAUUUCCCCGGGGACGUUGUGGUGGUGGACGACCUGGAAAACACCGAGCUCCCCUUCUUCGUCCUCGAGAUCUCCGGGAACUCCGAGGACAUCCCUAUGGUGCGCUGGAGGCAGCAGUGGCUGGAGAACGGCACCCUGCUCUUCCACAUCCACCACCAGGACGGCAGCCUGAGCCUCCCGGAGCCCACCGAGGACCCGGCCAACAACUCGGCGAAGGAGGAGCUCCGCAUCCUGCACAUCUCUGUCAUGGGUGGGAUGAUCGCCCUUCUGCUGUCCAUCCUGUGCCUGGUCCUGAUUCUCUACACCCGCAGGCGCUGGUGUAAGCGCCGCCGCAUUCCCCAGCCCCAGAAGAGUGCCAGCGCCGAGGCGGCUAACGAGAUCCACUACAUCCCCUCCGUGCUGAUGGGAGGCCAGGCUCGGGAGAGCUUGAGGAACUCUCGGGGUCAGGGUCCAAACUCCAGCGGUACCCUCAGCAUCCGGGAGACACCGAUUUUGGACGGGUACAAGUACGAGUAUGACAUAACGGACCUGCGCCACCACCUGCAGCGAGAGUGUAUGAAUGGCGGCGAGGAGUUUGCCAGCCAAGUCACCCGUACCCUGGACUCCCUCCAGGGUUGUAACGACAAGAACAGUAUGGACCUCACACCUGUGAGCGACAACACCAAGCUGGCCCUGAUGAACAAGUACAAGGACAACAUCAUCGCCACGAGUCCCAUCGACAGCAACCACCAGCAGAACACUCUGCUCCCGCACAACACCUCCACCAGCCAACGCAAACGUCUCUCCAGCAACACCCGCGCGGGUUCAACGUUCUUGAACCCAGACGGGGACUCUGGAACGGAGGCAGACAGCGAGCCUCAGCUGGCCUUUUACACCGACCCAAACCGCAGCCGCCGCCGGAGUCGAGGUAUGAGAAAUGGUAACGCCAACAGCGCGUGGGGCUCAGGGGCAGGUUCCCCUCGGAGCCCCAUCAAUAAGACCACCCUGACUUUGAUCAGCGUCAUCAGCUGCGUGAUCGGCCUCGUCUACUCCUCACACAUGUCCUGCAGCCUCUCGGUGCGGGUCAUCCUACAUGUGCCGGAGCACCUCAUCGCUGACGGAUCCAGGUUCAUUUUGUUGCAGGGGAGCCAGCUGGAAGCCUCAGACUGGCUGAACCCGGCACAGAUCUUGUUGUACUACCAGCAGAAUGCCAGCGGGCCCUGGGUCGGCGAGCUGUGCGGACGACGCCUCCUGGACCCCUGUGAGCACCAGUGUGACCCGGAGACAGGAGAAUGCCUUUGCCUCGAAGGCUACAUGAAGGACCCGGUCCACAAGCACCUCUGCAUCCGCAGUGAGUGGGGGCCUAAUCAGGGUCCCUGGCCUUACACCAUCUUCCAGCGCGGUUUUGAUCUCGUGAUGGGAGAGCAGCCCUCUGAUCGCAUUUUCAGAUUCACAUACACCUUAGGAGAAGGGAUGUGGCUGCCAUUGAGCAAGAGCUUCGUCAUCCCGCCCGCCGAGCUCGCCAUCAACCCCUCGGCCAAGUGCAAGACGGACAUGACAGUGAUGGAGGACGCGGUGGACGUACGAGAGGAGUUGAUGAUCAGCUCAUCCUUCGACUCGUUGGAGGUCCUCCUCGACUCGUUCGGGCCCGUCAGAGACUGCACCAAAGACAACGGAGGCUGCAGCCGCAACUUCCGCUGCAUAUCGGACCGAAAGCUGGACUCCACCGGAUGCAUAUGCCCCCCAGGGUUGAGCCCUAUGAAGGAUGGGACUGGGUGCUACGACCACCACAUCGGCAUCGACUGCUCCGACGGUUUCAACGGAGGAUGUGAGCAGCUGUGUCUCCAGCAGCUGGCUCCUCUAGAGGAUGACCCGACACUCUACAACAUCCAGAUGUUCUGUGGGUGCAUCGAGGACUACAAGCGUGGUCCAGAUGGGAGGUCGUGCCUGCCGCUGUCCGAGGCCUGCACUGAGGGGAUCGACUGCGCCGAGGCGGCGGACAUCCCCGCCAACCAGACUGUGUUCGGAGACCUUUUCUACGGAUACAACAACCACACCAAAGAGAGCACCUCCGGACAGAUCCUCAAGGCCACAUUCAGGCAGAAGAACUUUGCCCGCGGCAUCGAGCAGCAGCUCCCAGAUGGCAUGGCGGUGGCAUCGGUGCCAACGGAGGUCCAGUGCCACGAGGAGCUGUCGGACCCCGUCCCCGACCCAGAGUACCUCACAGGUAUGGUGAACUACAGCGAGGUGUCCGGCUACCCGCUUGUUCAGCACUGGAGUCUUCGCUCGGUGCUCUACCACGUCAAACUCAAUCAGUGGGUCCUCUCUCAAGCCUUCAGCUCGGCCAUCCAUUCUCUGGACGGGGCGACGCAGCGGGCCGACUUUGUCUCCAUCCUCAGAGAGUUCGGGAACCACUACGUGCAGGAGGCGAUGUACGGCUUCCAGGAGUCCUGUACCAUCUGGUACCCCAACAAACAGGUCCAGAGACAGCUGUGGCUGGAGUACCAGGACAUUAGCAAAGGUAACUCGCCCUCGGAGGAGUCGGAGGAGCGCGACAAGGAGCCCAGAACGCUGACCUACCCCGCCUACAUCGCCAGUCUGCUGGACACGGGUUCCAAGCGCAUGGCGGCCGGUGUCCGCAUGGACUGCAACAGCCAGGGCCAGUGCCCGCGCUCCUGCCACCUCUGCCACAUGAGCCCCAGGGUGGUGCAGGGGCGGCAGCGGUCCGAGCCUGUCCUGCUGCAGAUCACCAAGGCCGCGCCCAUCUACGAGCUGGUGUCCAACAACGAGACCUACCAGUCUCUACAGGAGGCGAUGAUGAGCAUGCUGUGGUGUUCAGGGAAAGGUGACGUCAUCGAUGACUGGUGUCGGUGUGAUUCCAGUGCCUUCGGCGCCGACGGACUGCCCACCUGCGCCCCUCUUCCCCAGCCUAUACUGAAGCUGUCGUACACCUACGAGCCCAGCAGCUCAUUGGUCAUCAUGGAGUGGAACCACACCGAGCCGCCAAUCGGCGUGCGGAUUGUCGAUUACCUCAUUAGCCAGGAGAAGGUGACGGAGAGGACCGACCACUCCAAAGUUGAGACAGAGACCCUUUUGAGCUUUGUGGAUGACAUCCUGUCUGGGGCCAGGUCUCCAUGCGUGAUGUUAGGGGACAUCCCCAACCUCCUGUCCUCGUCCAUCAGCAUGAUCAUCCGCUGCCUGGAGCCUGACACCACAUACAUGUUCCGGCUGUGGGCGGUAGACAACACCGGGCGCCGUUCCAGUCCAAGUGAGGUCACCAUCAAAACGCCGUGUCCAACCGUGGAUGACGUCAAAGCACAAGAAAUAGCCGACAAGAUCUACAACCUGUACAAUGGUUACACCAGUGGGAAGGAGCAGCAGACGGCCUACAACACUCUGAUGGACCUGGGGGCCCCCGCGCUCCACCGCGUGCUCUACCACUACAACCAGCGCUACGAGAGCUUCGGGGAAUUCACCUGGAGGUGUGAGGAUGAGCUGGGACCCAGGAAGGCCGGCCUCAUCCUCUCCCAGAUAGAUGAACUGUCCCCGUGGUGUAAGGGUCUUCUUCAGGAGCAGAAGAUCGGCCUCCGUAGGAUGUCCCUCAAGUUUCUUUCCUGCCGCUACACCGACACCAAGGCCUUCGGGCUGAACUGGUCGAACAUGGGCCAGGACGUACACAAGGCCUGUGACGAGCAGACGCUCACCGUCAUGUACAACGACUACGGCGAGCCAAAGGAGCUGUGAAAUUAGGGGGUUUCAGUUCGGAUGUGGGAGAGCCGCCAAACCCAACAAAGGAACAAAUAAAAUGCAGGUUUCACAUUUGUUUCCAUAAGCUAUAUGCAUUUAUGGUGUCAUAAGCAAAUUACUUGAAAUGCCUCAAACUGCUCUAUUUAGCUUCACGACAUUAUUGGUAAAUGCAUUCAAAAGUUUAAUCACAGCUUCCAAGUAGGAGAUGAGUCUGAUAAUCCUCUAAUAAACUGGGGUUUUGUGGGUCCUCAGCUCUUUGCUGUACUUUGUUUGAGCUUUGCUGAAGUCCAUUCCUCCCUUGCAAUGAAGAGUCGAAAUCAAUGCAAACUUGACACAUUCAGCAGGUGCUUCACAAUACAAGCCUUGCGUCUGUCGUCACGGUAUGAUGCUUAAUAAGAAUACAUGUUUUCUAGUUUGCACUGAAGCAAAUAGAGCUUAAGUGAAGCUUUACUUUAAUCACAGGGUUGCCGGUUCCCCAUGUGUCCCCAAGAGACACCGAACCCCCAGACGUGCUCCUGAUGGUCGACCCAGCACCUCACACGGCAGCUCACUGCCAUUGGUGUGUAGAUGUGUCAAUGGGGGAAAGACAGGCAAACUGUAAAUCUUUUAAGAUCUGUAGUUGGCGUUUAGUGUGAACGUUUGCGAGGCAGGAAUGGACGGACCUCAAGAGCACGGACAACCAAAAUGGAUCAGAAUUAAUUUGGGAAACCGAGACACCUUUUGCAGCAUGCCGUCUCAAGACUUUUUAUGAUUCAAGUGCAGGAGGCCUGAAAACAUCCAUCUCACAUUUUGUGUUGACAUUAAAUGCAAUUAUCUUAGAAAAACAGAUAACUAAACAUGCAUUUUAUUUCACUGUAUUUCUUUGUUGGACUCAACAAUCUUUGUUUUAAAACAAAGAGAUUUUAAUACCCUAAUCUAAAUGAGAAAGCGACUAUUUAAAUCCAAACUUAGUCACGUCGUAAGACAUUUUACUGAAAAAUUACAAAAUACAAACUCUUGAUGUCAAACUAGUGGCCGAAAGCAUAUUGGAUUCAGCUAAUGGCUCCCUUGAACCAACCUCAAACUGAAAGUCAACACUUUGUUUACAUGAACAAUGGAACCAGGAGAUUCUGGGUCUUUUAAAAAUUCCUCAUAGCUUCAGUUUCAACGGGACAUUCCGACCAUCCGUUAAUGUUUUGCUUCCGAUGCUUGUCGUACGCAUUUAUUAGGAAAAGCAACACACUCAGCUGAACAGUCACAUGUAUCUCAGCUGUGAGCGUUGGCUGCUGCGUUGUGUGGAGUCGCUUCUACAGUCUAGCUGUCACUUGUCUUUUUACACAUUUCAAAAUGAUAAUACUUGAUAAUUCUUACAAACUGGUUAAUGAGUUAAUGCAGUGAGAUGGCAUGUAUCCACACCGGGGAAAGAAGAGUUACCGUGUUUCUAUGAGAAAGAUCAAAAAUAGAUAUAUGGUCUGCUGGCAGUUAUUUUAGUAGAAUAGACAUUCAGAACCAACAUUGUACAUAGCUUUAUCAUAAUGUUUUAGCGAUAUAUAUCCUGCUGAAUGUAGUAUUGAAUGUUUGCAUUUAUAAGUGAAGUGGUUUUAAAGGAGUUUUACUGAAUAACAGGCAUCACAGAGGAAGCUCACAGAUGACUUCAUUUUCUCUAUAUUUUCAAUAAAACCUGCCAAACCAGUAUUUUCAUUUGUCAUUCAAAAUACAACCAAUGAGCACUCUUCAAAGUGCUGAUUCUGCAUUGAAACUGCUAAUUAACAGUGUCUUAAAGGGUAACUUUGCAGCUUUUCAAGCUCCACCCUAUUUUCCUAUGUUUUUGUGGAAAUCGUUCAGUUUCUUCCCGAUCCCGUCAAGACUAAAGCAACCUCAAACAUUUGCACUCAAUCUCAUUUGUGGUGAGAUUUUUUUGUGGUGUCAUUUUAAAGAUGCAUUCAAACUGAGCAAGCUUGUCCUUUUUAGAGUUUUUAGAGUUGUAUUGCAAUAUUCAGUCUCUGAGCUGUUUAGCCAAGAUGUAGAGAAAAGAAGUCCAGAAGCAAACAUUGAGGUCACUUAGACACAAAAACAUCUGAAAAUAGGGUCCAAGUUGAAAAGCUCCAAAGUUCCCCGUUAAUGUUUUUAACUGCUUCUCUGUGUAUUAAAACUUCAUGCAAUAAUGUCUUUAAACGAUUUAUCUGACAUUUCUACUAAUACUGUGCUUUUAUCAUAGUAUAUUAUCAGAGUAUAUUAUAACUUUUGCUCGACCUAUUAUUAUUCUGUCAUUGUGCAGUGGCCAUGUUGGAGAUUGAUGUCAAAGAAAUGCAAAUUGUAUAUUAGUUGUUGGUUUUUAACAAAUCUCAUAUGUGAAUACUAAAAUGAACACUUGUAGAUUUUUGUAUAGGCAGCAGAGUAUUUCAUGAAUACAUCACAUUACAAGCGCAGUGUUUUUCUUCUGUAUAGAAAUGUACAACAGGUGAUAUUUUAUAUAUUUUAUCGUCUUGUAUCGUCGCGUAGCGUAGUCUAGUCUAAUGGAUUAAUGAUGAGAGUUGUGAAGUGAAGAGCAGAGGGUUUUUACACGGUUAAAUGAAUGGACUUGAACAUUAAAUGCACCCAGAUAGAGACCUUUGGGAGACAUUUGAAGCAACCAUCUACUAUCUGCAUGAUAAUAUUUUGUGUAUAAUAUCUGUGGCGAUCAUGAACUUCACUUUUUUUCACUUUGAUCUUUGCUACUUCAAAGGACAAUAAAGAAUAUGUUACGAAAAUUGGCUGUAUGGAUGUUCUUCAACCAUCAGAUGUCAGAAGAAAUCUUCUCUAAUUUCUUAUGCGAUACUUGGUUUUCCAUGCUCUUGCAAUACGUUUGUGCGCAUAAAAAAAAAAUACUCUUGAGACAUACCUGGGGAGUUCAAAGACGGUACGAUCAAUUUGUAGUUGGAUCGGCACGGUUGUUUGUGACGAUACCAGCUGAACACUUCAACUGUGAUACAAUAAUCAAGUCAAAGGUUUUCCAAAGAAAAAGGAACUGAUGGUGAGAUACAGUCAAAAUACGCCUGUUAUCUAAUCUGUAAUGUAUGUUAAUGAAAAUAAAACAAAAUUGAAUAGAGA